AUGCCCCCCAAUAAUCGCCCUUGGGUAAAGGCGAUCCUGGACUUUCCAGGCCUCGACUUCUACAUUGAAGGCGAUGCUCCUCUAUUCAACCGCAGAGUCAAUGCCGCCUACCUAAAGCUGUUCAGCCACAACGAUUCUGUCCAUGGAAGGGACCACAUUGCUCUUCGUCAGCACUACAUUGCCAAUCGCGGCAAUGUUCUCUUCCGCGCCAUCAUCAAUCUGUACAUCUCCGGCAAACAUGCGAACUUCAGCACAUUGUACGGCGCUGCCCUCACCCGCCUUGCUGAGGAUUCUGGCCCUUCCCGUGAGUGGGAGGACUCCAGUGAGCUCGGAAUUGAUUCGGUCACUUUCGUCGUUGACCGAAUCAUUCGCGCCCGCAUUCAGAACCUCAGAGCCAACAAUACCAGCAUCGAAGAGCCCAACCCCGUCGUUGAGGCUUUCCUCGCCACCCUCGACGAGUGGAUCGCAGUUCUCGACGAACGCAAGAUGAGGGCUUCUACUUCUUUCGAGCCCAAUGCGCCUGCCGAUAACCAAUUCUCCCUGCCGCUUCGACCUCAUCCCAAUAAGCCUUCCGUCGCCUCUUCUUCCAACGCCUCUUCCGGCAACAAGAUGAGUCUGCCGUACCGUCCUCAUCCCAAGACCAAGCAGGAGCAGGCCAUGCAGAGCAAUCAGGAGAUCGUCAACAAGAGAAUCCAGGACUUGGAAUCUCAGCUCCGUGCUUCCCAGGCCAAGUCCCAAGAAGCCCUCCAGGCGGCUCAGGCGAGGUCCGAGGAGCUGGCUGCUCUCCGAAACGCCAACAUAGCCCGGCUUGAAGAGCAGGAGACUCUCGAGACUGUCAACGAAGCUCUGCGCACUGAGCUCGACGAGGCAAAGAAGGCCCGCCGCCGUAUUUGGUAA